GAAAACAAUUCAUAAAAAAAAUAAAAAAUAAAAAAGGCAGAAAAAUAGGACCCAAAAGGUACCUGUGGGUGCAUGUCAGCGUCAGACUCGUCUCAGCCUUAUUCGAAAUAUUCAUCAUCUGCCAAACAAGCAGAAAACCAAAACUAAGAACUCCCAAGGAAUCUCUGCUUCUUUGGCUUUCAAGAAUCCCAUUCCUCUCCUUUGCUUUCCUUUCCUUUCCUUUCCAAUCCGAUGCAAUCUUUCCAUCCAAAAACAAAGCAUGGGACAAGAGGGAAUUGCUUUCCUCUAUGAGCUUUGAAUUCCCCACCUCAAGGGGAAGACAUAGUCCAACUUGGAUGUUGUCUUUGCUUCUGGUUUUCCUUUCAAUAUGGUCCAAAGAAAGGUGCCAAACAAGCUUGGAAUCCAAGCUGAUCAUGAUAAAUUCGAGAAGCGGUUUUCGAACCUGAAGACUUCUUCUCAGUUCCAAGAUGGGAAACACAGAGGAGCUGAUUUGAAGAAGAAGAUGAAGAAAUCUAGAUCAAUCAAGCUUUCAGAUGUUGAGAGCUUGAGAUCAUCACCUUUGAGGAAGAACUCAUCUCAGCCAGGAAAGCCGCCACCACCGGCUCUCAAUGUUCCAAACACUGCGGCUUCCCCUCAGAAGCAGCCCCUGGCCAAAACAACUUAUGGCUCGCCAAACUACAUGAAGCCCACCAGCUGUUCUCAUGCAAGGAAGGAGCAGUCACAGGUUAGUCUUCGAAGUUCUCCGCCAAUAUUUUCGGAUAGUAAGAACCAGAACCGAAAAAAUUUGGGCAGUUCAAAGCUUAGCUCUGCUUCUAGUAAACCUGAAAGAAGUUUAGCAAGGACAUCUAGUUUGAAGCUUGUGAGGACUUUAAUAAGGUCCCCUAGUUUUAAGUCAGCAAGAGCUCCGGCGAGAAAAUCUUCCAGGGUUGCUCUUUGUGCAGAUGUUAAUGUUCAGAGAGAAACUUGUUCUUCAACACUGAAGGAUACAAAGUUUCCGGAUUAUCUGAUGAUUAGUCCUGGGGGAACUGAAGCUGAGGGAACUUCAGUCAUGAAGGUUUGCCCGUAUACGUACUGUUCCCUUAAUGGACAUCGUCAUUCACCUGUGCCGCCAUUGAAGAGUUUCUUGUCUGCAAGAAGACGUUCAUUGAAGACCCAGAAGAUGAUGAAAUUGCAAGCUCUAAGUCCGCGUGGAGCAAAGCGAUAUAAUGAUGGAGUAAAAGAAAUUGAUUUCCAGCAGAUGUUUGAUGAGAAUGACAAAACAGCUGAGAAAGAAGCUGAUUUGGAUUUCUUCGUUGAAAUCUAUGCUACAAACAACGAAGAUGACACUGAGGCAAUUGGAAGGAAAGCCGGAGCUGAUUCUGUAGGAGAACAAGAUGGUUACGAGGGUCCUGUGUUUCCAAAUGCUGCAAGUGAUGAAACAGAAACAGUAGAUUCUGCCAACAACCUAGUUGUGGAGAACCUGUCGGAUAGAUCACUGCAUUCUGAGAGUGAAUCUGAGGCAGAAAACUUUGGCGAAUUUCCUGAAGAUCGAAAAGAAGAUGCAAAUGAAGACUACGGAUCACUGUCCGAUCAAGAGGAAAAUUCCACUGGAAGCUGCUCGAACGAGAGCAACUCUGAAGACCUUUCAAGCACUGAAAUGGAUUAUUCCAGUUCUGAAACUACUGACAUGGAGUGGGAGGAAGGGCAAUUUUCCACUGCAGUGCUUGAUGGUUAUGAAUCUGGUCCAAAUGCGGGGUGUUCAAUAACAAUUCAAGACGCUGAUAUGCAUGAAGAAUCUCUGAUCAAGUCUGAUGCAAUGAAUGGUGACUACGAUAAUUUGGUUCAGGAUUUUUAUGUAGUACUGCAGAAAGAUGGUGAUGUCAGUGAACAGGAUGGCAUAAAAAAGAAUUUUGAGAUUCUAGAAUCUAGACACAUGCACGAAAGAAUGAGUUAUGACCAACUUUCCUACAGCGAUGAUGCAUUCGAAGAAGGCAGUGAACUAUCAGAGACAGACUGUGUAGAGAUAUCUUCAUCUUCAAUGGAGGAGCCAAAUGAGGAACUACCAACAACUGGCAAGGAACUUCAAGAGCAGAAUGGAGUUGCUGAAGCAGAGGAUCAUGAAAUCGAUUCUCAUCUUGGAGAUGUUGAAAGCAACUGCAGCAUUGUGGAGACAGGCAAAGCUUCAGAUAACCAACCAGAGAAUGCAUUUCAUGAGGAUGAAACAAGUACAGUGACAGGAGACCAAAUUUCUAUUCCCUCUCAGGAUAUGAGCGAAACAGAUGAUGCUGAAGCAAAUGAAGGAUGCAACGGGAGCCCUGAUAAAGGGAAUUCAGAAACAGAUCAAGGCGUUCCAAGUGGUGACCUUGGCUCAGAACCCAAACUCCCUACAGUGGUUUCUGAAAAUCAAAUGGAAGCAGUAGAGCAAAUUGGUGAUGUGAAGCCAUCACCUGAGAUUCAGGUUUCUGAUUCGGUGCACGAUGCAUCUGAAGCUGAUGAAGAUGAGGUCAAGGUUGACGAUUAUGACAAUUACAAGAAGACUGAACCUCUCCAGGUUAAUGACAUUGCUGAAGAUGGUAACCUGUCCAACGGGAAGUACAAGAAGCCUAUAACUUCAAGUUCCAAUGAAUCUGAGGAUCAGAGCGAUUUAAGGCUGAAAAAAUCAGGUAUCUCCAAUAGCAACACAGGACAACCUCAUAAUGUGGAAGUGAAAUACAAUUCAGAGCCAGAAGCCACAAAAAAUUUCAACACGGCCAAUAAUAGCAUUAGCCCUGGGAUGAAGAGAAAAUUUUCCAAGGCAGCAAGCAACUUCGAACAAGAACUUCCGAACACCUACAACCACUGGAAAAGAAUCAAAUGCAAGAGACUUAGCAUUGAUGAGGAGGAGCAAAGGAAGUUCAAUCCAAGAGAACCGAAUUACCUACCUUUGGUUCCUGACCCUGAAGCAGAAAAGGUUGACCUCAGGCAUCAGAUUAUUGAUGAAAAGAAAAAUGCAGAUGAAUGGAUGCUUGACUUUGCACUCCAGCAGGCUGUCACAAAACUUGCUCCAGCAAGGAAGAAGAAGGUUGCACUGCUUGUUGCAGCUUUCGAAGCGGUCAUGCCAGCGCCCAAAGUGGAAAAACAUCUUAAGCAUCCCUCAGCAGCCUUCAGUCACGCAAGACCUAUGCAAGCUUGUAGCUGAUGAUAGUUACUAAGGUGAAAAGACUGCAAUAUCGAUAAUAAGUUACUGAAGCAAAAACACAAGAACAUAGGAGAACUACAUUUCCAGCAGAACAAAACUCACCGUUUCUUGGCUACUGUCAGAAUUUCUGAAGAGGAAGGAGGCAACUUCAUGUAGUGACGAUUCGAGAGUGGUUUCUCCUAAGCUCAGCGGAUAUAUAGAUAGUGUACUUUGAUUAAUAGUAUAUGUAAUGACAGUUUAAUGUUAAAUGGUGUGAGUUGCUACCAUCUUUCCUUUGCUGUUGUACUAGGCACUGGCCUCCAAAACAAUAUAUAUGGUUGUUUGCUUAA